AUGUCUAAGCAGCCGUCGCAUUCUCUCCCGGUACAUCAUAAAGAUACACUACCCCCGCAACAGAUUCUUGAUUUGUUUAAGGUGGUUUUUAAGCAAGAACUAUACGAAAGCGAUGAGCAACAGUUGAGCAACGAAAUUCAAAUUGUCAAGUCGGAUCUUUACAAUAGGGAUUACAUUUCUGCGUUCAAUACGGCAAGUAAACGAGCUGCAUAUUGUUGCAGAUGGUCACCAUCAAGAGCAGUUGCAUAUGCAUCUUUGUUUGCAACUCUAACCCCUGUUGCUGACAUUUUGGCCGGUUCAAAUUUUGCAGCCGCAAAUGUAAAGUCAUCCGCUGUGGGUAGGUGCCAUAGCACAAGUUUUGGAAGUCAGCCAGAAGACCUGACCAACAAUAUUUUGUGUAUAGGUGGCGGAGCCGGUGGAGAACUGGUAGCGCUGGUGAGUGCCUUUACAUUGUCGAGGGAUUUCAAUUCUAAAUUUCAGAAAAAGAUACCUUGUUCGAAUCAAAAUAGACUCUCUAUAACACUCGUCGAUAUUUCAAACUGGGAAGAUAUUAUCCAGAGAUUGAAUGAUUCGAUUAAUACCAAUUGGUUGCAUGAGCAAAGUAAAUUCCUUAACGUGGAAUUUAAAAAUGAUGACAUCCUGAAGAUACCUCUUGCUGACUUGCAGUUACCAAGGCUAGAUCUUAUCACGUCUCUUUUCACCACUAAUGAACUCUUUUUAGAAAACAGAGUCUCGGCCGUUCGACUGUUUCAGAAGCUAAAUACUCAUUGUACGUCAGGAUGUCUACUCUUGAUCGUUGAAAGUGCAGGCAGUUACUCUCAUAUAACCAUAGGAAGUAGAAGAUUCCCAAUCCAGUUUUUAAUAGAUACCCUUCUACUGGGGAAACCUGGGGAACAAGAAAAAGGCAAUUGGGAGUUGUUAUCUAAGGAUGAUUCAUUGUGGUACCGGGGGGAUGCCAACUUGAGUUACCCCAUGAAAUUAGAAAAUAUGCGCGUCUUCUACAGGCUCUACAGAAAGAAGUAA